CAGGGGAGAUAGCGGUUGACGCGCCUAUGCGGGAUGGCCCGGCGAGUGGCGCGUGGUGGGGCGGCUGGGGGGGGGGCGAUAGGGUAUGGAUAGGCGAGGGCGUGCCUUUAGCCAUCCAGCCAGGUGAAUUGCGGUUCACCCUGUGACUCCAGCAACACAACAAUUCACCCAUUUCCUACAUCUACCACCACCACCACGUUUUGGAUCUGUGGUUUUGGAAAGGGUACGAGUUUAUGAUACAUUGGUGAAGCUUUGAGAGGCCGAAUCGGUCUACCUUGUCCGUCAUGAACGCUGUCAUUGAACGCCUUCGGGCGGCGCUGAGGAGUCAGAAGGUGCGGGGGGAUGAGUAUGAACAGCUUGUCGGGAGGGAGGAUGAGGAGGGAGGAGCCGAUGAUAUAACCCUACAAGAGGCACUGGCGCUGGAAGAGAAGCCGUUCUCGUGGGUGGAGUACAGUGUGUUCCUGAUCCUUGGAGUCGCGAUGCUGUGGGCAUGGAACAUGUUCCUAGCCGCCGCCACCUACUUCGCGACCCGUUUCCAAGGCAACCCCUGGAUCCUCGCCAACUACCAAUCCUCCAUCCUCACCGUCGCCACCACCGCCAACUUGGCAUCCAUGUUCCUCCUCACGAACCUGCAAGCCGGCGCGUCCUACCCCCGCCGCAUCAUCCUCGCUCUCAUAAUCGACAUAGUCGUCUUCACAAUCCUCGCCUUAUCAACCAUCUUCUUCGUCACUGUGUCUCCAGGGGUGUACUUCGCCUUCCUCCUCGCCACCGUCUUGGCGACCAGCACAGCGACGGGGCUGCUCCAGAACGGGGCGCUUGCGUUUGUGGCUACGUUCGCGCAUCCGAGUUACAUGCAAGCCAUCAUGACCGGCCAAGCAGUCGCCGGCGUCCUCCCCAGCAUCGCACAAAUCGUCUCCGUCCUCGCCGUCCCCGAGGAGUCACCCUCAUCCACCGACAACACACCCCCCGCCGUCCCCCCCCCCCAAACCUCCUCAACAUCAGCAUUCAUGUACUUCCUCACCGCCACCUUCGUCGCCGUCCUCACCCUCGUGUUAUUCACCCCCCUCGCGCGCCGCCACACCCCAACGCCUACCUCACCCACCCCCUCCGCGCCAGCGAGGAAAGUAAUGUCCAUGCCAACCCUCUACCGCCAACUCCCCUUCUACUCUGCAUCCAUCUUCCUCUGCUUCACGCUCACCAUGUUCUUUCCCGUCUACACCGCGCAGAUCACCAGCGUGCACCCCGCUCCUAUGCCGCGGUACUUACACGCUCCCAUCUUCAUCCCCCUCGCUUUCCUGAUCUGGAAUACGGGGGACCUGCUCGGUCGACUAUCAACUCUCUUCACCUCCUCCCUCCCCGCUCGUCCACGCUCUCUCUUCGCCGUCUCGCUUGCGCGCGCCAUCUUCCUUCCCCUCUACGCACUGAGCAACGUCUCGGGCCGCGGGGCGUGGGUGCAGAGCGAUUUAUUCUAUUUGCUGAUCGUGCAGUUGGGGUUUGGGCUGACGAAUGGCUGGCUGGCGAGUAGUGCGAUGAUGGGGGCGACGGGGGCGGUGGGGGAGGAGGAGAGGGAGGCGGCGGGGGCGUUUAUGGGGUUUAAUCUUGUGGCGGGGUUGACGGCGGGGAGUUUGCUGAGUUUUGCUGCUGUGUGA